GGCAACCAAAAUUUUCAACUCUAUCCGUACUGGACAAAUGAAAAAUGUACAGAAAUUUGCUUACUUUAUGGUUUUGGAUUUCGAAGCAACUUGUGAACAAGAUAGAAAAAUUCCAGUUGCUGAAAUUAUCGAAUUCCCCGUUCUCAUGAUAAAUGCUUCUACAUUGCAAACUGAGGCUAUUUUCCAUCGCUAUGUUCGUCCUACUGUUAAUCCAACAUUAAGCGAUUUUUGUACAGAACUCACUGGUAUAAUACAAUCCAUGGUAGACGAUCAACCGGAUUUACCGACUGUACUCAAAACGUUUGAUUCAUUUUUAGAUGAGAAUAAUCUAACGAUAAUUCCGUAUCAAUUUGCUUUUGUGACGUGUGGUGACUGCGAUUUAAAAACAAUGUUACCAAGGCAAUGCAAGGUUCUAGGUAUAGAUGUUCCUGACUACUUCAAACAAUGGAUAAAUUUAAAACAGGUAUAUUGCGAUGUUAUGGGUCAAUUUCCAUUCGGUAUGAUGUCCAUGCUGUCGGGACUAAAUAUAAAACACACUGGUCGUCAUCACAGUGGUAUUGGUAAUGUGUAGUAUUGUCAUCAUUAUUUUUAUUUUUACUCACUUCAUAGUCUUAGGAACUAAGUUAAUCUUUAUUUUUAGACCACCAGUGAAAGCCCGGGAGCACUGAAAGAUCGUCUCAUUUUAGCAGGAGACUCUUCAUCGGUGAGUGCUGGACUUGAAUGCUUAACCUCUAGACCACUGAGCCAGCAUUUAACGGUGUUAAUUCCUAACGUCAAUCAAUCCGCGAUAUUGUGCUACCAUCUAUAUUGAAUUUAUUUUGAAACGGAUUUGUUGAAAAUAUUUCUUUAUUCAUUAUAUGUGUACGUAUGAGCGAUGUCAUCCGUAUUGUUGGCUCGUACUAAGCUUUUAUCUUAAAAGCAAAUUCAUAGCAGUUAUUUGGUAUUGUUGAAUUCUCGGUAGCUCUUUAAAAAAGCCUAUUUAUGAAACUUAGAUUAUUACUAUCAAAUUCACCGCGAUCUUUAUCUUGAUUCCGCUGUUGUUUUCAUACUAUUUUAUUGUUACAUGAUAGAAAAAUAAGUGAUGUAAGUUUGUGAAUCAUUGUUUCUAUUAGUUAAUAAGUAGUCGAUAAAAGUAAACUCGAUACUAUUUCUCAGAAUUUCCUUUAAAUGCAGGCUGAAAAAUUUCAUUCAAUCAAAGGCGAUGUAGGAUUUUGCAAAUCUCAACGAUAAUGUCUAAACCUAUUGAUUAGGUUCAUUAUAACCGUUAACGAAUUCACAAACUGAUAUUACAUCUUCACUUGACCGCCUUUAGAUUUCUUACAUCUUUUCUGAUUGUCACUCACUUGAUGACUGCAUGAUACAUAAACAAUGACAUCUGCAAUUGAAUACUGGCAAACCGCGUUUGUAUUUUAUUACCAUAGUCCAUCUCACAUAGCUAUAAAUUAAUUAAACUAGACUCUUAAGUAUUGUACAUUUCUUAGUAGAUAUUUGUCCAGUCUAAAAAUGUAUUUCAAUAUCUUUGUUCACAGGAGUUAAACUAUAAAGUUUUGAAAAUUAGUACUCGUUUUAUCAAGUUAUUACUAAGUGCUUAAGUUGUCCGUUGUUGAUAUUAACGAAUAAAUUUUAAUAAGCCAUCGUUGACAUCACUACAUUCUGUAUAUAUUGCCUCGAUAUAGCCAUUUUUUACAAAUCAUUUAGACUAAGUGGUUUGUAGCUAAACGUUAUUGGCUCUCUAGACUCAGUAGCUUAAUAGGUAUAGAAUUGGUCAUUUAAAGCGAAAGGUACUCUGUUCGAGCCCCAUUAUGAGCAUCCGUACUGGGAUGCAGGCACAUCUAACCAACUAGUCAAAGACAAGACGAAAAUAACUUCCUGGAUUCGAUUGCUAGCUAUAGUUUAUUUAUUCUGCAUAACUCGAUGCUUAUUUAGAAUAUAUAUUAGUAUUUUUUCGCAUUUUAUUGUUAUUGUUUUUGUGAUUUCAUUCUAGAUGAUUGUCAUAAUAUCGCAAAUAUUUUAUGUGAAUUAAUUCGAUGUGGUGCUUCUCUAGAUAUUACUGGAAACAUAAAAUAGUGUAUCUUGUUUCAACAUAUGUUGGUGGGUAAUUAGUUUAUUUUUUUCUGUCAGAAAAUGUAUAUAUUCCAUCUUGCAUGAAAUAUUCCAUAUUAAACCUGCGGAUAAGAUAGCAUGCCAUAAUCAAUACAAAAUUUUGUGUGAAAUGAAUAACAGAAUUCGAUUCGGUUCCAAAAGAUAAAAUUAUUAUGCAAAUGUAAAUAUCAAAAGUAAUAAAUAUACAAUCAAGUGUUAGAUAAAGUGUUACUGUUACAUUAAAGGUGUAUGUGGAGGAAUUUUCAUGCAUUCACAUCAAGACAUACAGAGUAUUCUUACAGUAUUAGAAUUGAAAAUAUAUGUUGCAAUUAAUAAGAUAUGAUUACAGUAUUAACUAGAUUUAAUAUUAUCGGCUUAUGUACACACUCAAGAAUAUGACUAUAGAUUUACGUCACACUGGAUACCAAAAGUUAUCGGAAAUUAAGUCGGCUACUGAAUCCGAUUAAUUAGUGUGGAUUAGUAAUCGGGAGGAAUUAGGACAAGAAAAAAAUGAAGACACAAUAUACAUAGAUUUAACACUGUCUCCCCACUCACCAAAAAGGACGACAUGACUUUCCCUACUUUCACUGAAUAAGUAGAAGAAAAUUAUAGCAUGACCGUUACUGGAUCUCAUUCUACACCAUGUCUGAUGACGUCUCAAUCUACUGUAUUGCACCACCUCUAGGAUGCUGACCAGGGAUUCGUGAAGGACCGACUGAGAUGGUUGGGCCACGUAUUACGUAUGCUAACCGGGGUAGGGGAUGGUUGGAAGAAAGUUAGGGGCGGCCAAACCAAAACGUGGCAUCAGUGCCAUGUUGGUAGAUGCAGACUACUUGGUUGGGGUCCGCGUGACCAAUGGUUGGAGACUCUUGGUGACAUGGCUCAGAAUCGAUCACAAUGGCGUCCGUGUAUACACUAAGAGACUAAAAUCACUUCAUUCUUUCUGUCUACGAACUAAUUCGUUAUUCCUAUACUAUAUCCUUAUUGCAACCUUUGACCUAACCACUCCUAUGAAUCCGCUGUUCAUCUUGCUGUGCUAAUGAGGUAUGGCAACCUGGACCGAUGCACAUAUGUGCCUGGUCCUACGUUGUAGCUGACUGACUGACUGAAGGACCGACAAAAGUCAAUCCUCUGCAGCUGUUUUUCGUAACUCAACACCAUGUUAUGCACUGCAUACUACUUCACCUUUUCUGUACACUGUCGAACCUCUGCAUUACUAACAUGGUUUUGCCACUAAAUGUCAGCGAUCUCUCGGAGACAACGAUGAUGAAACACAGGAAGUUGUCUGGAACCCUCGAUUCGGAUAGGCAAGGUUUCACAAACAGCUCUCAUUGACACAUCGUGGGUCCGACCUUUUACAGCCAGACUAACCGUGGAGGCGCUAAAGAUGACCAAGAAUGACAUCAGCCGCUCUGGCUUUCACCAGAUGUAAAUUGAUAUCGCCACUCACGCCACCACCAGCACUUACGCCAUUACCUAGAUACACGAACCUCUUGACUACUUCUAUCUGUUCACUACCCAGGGUGAGUGCAAGAUCAGGGUCCUGUCAGUCUUGUAAAAGUACUUUGCGCUUGGAAGGUGCAAAGCACAUACCAUACCUACGGACACUGAUUGAAAACUAGUUAAGUGCGUAGUAUGGCUUGGGUAACAUCAUACAGUAAGACACCAUCAUCCGUAUAGUCAGGGUCGAAAAGUCUUUGUCCAGCCGACAUCCAUAACAUCACUCUCUACAUCCAUCAGAUCUGUUUUCAGAACGUCGUCGAUAGCAAGCUUGACGAGGAAUGGUAAGAUUGGGUAACCCUGUCUAACCCCACUGCUCGAAUGGAACAAUGGAGAAAGGUGGUUGUAUGCCCUCACUCUGCUUGAGGUGUUUGUAUAUAGGGCUUUUAGGAUGUCAAUAAACUUCUAACGCACACGCUUCUUCAAUAGACAAUCCCAGAGAACAGUCCUAUCCAACGAAUCAAAGGCAGCCCUGAUAUCAAGAAACACUACGAUUGUUGGCCUUUGAUAUGUAUGACGAUGUCCUAACAUUUGGCGGAGGGUGAAGAUAUGAUCAAUACAUCCUCGCCCGGAACGAAACCCAGCCUGCUCCUCGCGGGUCAAUCUUUCUCGGGUUUUGAACAACCUACGAAGUAUGACGGAAGCCAAUAGCUUGGACGCAAUCGGAGGUAGACUUAUCCCCCGAUAGUUGUUACAGGAAUGGUGUGAACCCUUUUUAAUGAUAGGGGCAACUAUCGACUCAUUCCAUGGCGUUGGUACACCCUCUAGUUCCGACAGUUGCCAGAUGCAGCUGAUGCUUCUAAUUCAUUGCCAUGAUCCGACCACCAGGCUUCUUGGUCCUUACUCAGUCCCUGCCUAAAUUCAUUUCUUCGUUUGUGGUCAUCUAGAGUAGACGACGGGUUCUAAUGAGUUUUUAGGACCCUGAAAAAACCCAGUGCUCAUAAGCAGGACGUUUUGCGAAGCCGGGAGCGAAUUUAUUCGCCGUCUCCAUGGCGUCAUAAUUGCUAUCAAUGCCUGUCUAUAUUUUGCUGUCGGACAACAGCUAGUCUUGAACCUAGCUCGGUUCCACAUCUAGUUUCGACAGAAGCUGCAACCAAUUCGCUGACGUCAAUCCGUUUAGGAUGAUGAAUUUGUUGGCCACCAAAAUAGUCCGUUUAGUUACUCCAAAAAAGCGGCGGUAUUAUACACAACGACACUGGUCGUGAUGCGAUCGACCUGAAUCUAGGCUUGAGAUGCAGUAGGACGCCAGGCAGCAUAUCGCUGACGACUGUGCCCGUAGUUAGUGCUAGCCGGUAACAGGUCUUAGUCUGCGCACAGUUGCAGUGGACACUCACCGUCACCCGACCUGCAACCAAUAAGUUUCCAUCAGUCACCUAGACGACUCUCCUCUGAGUCUAGACACACGAACUGCAGGAGCAUAGGCGGAGACGACGUAUAAACAUGGUUCUUCACACCAAUUUCUUCGUAAUUUGAUGGAGCUAACAGCACGUAGCCAACUGUUGAUAUGGGUCCGAUCGGUCUGUACUGUCUCAACUCUAGCGUUUAGUGCGACACCAACGCCAGCAAAAACAGAGGAAGAUUCCACGAGAUCCCCGGAAGAACAUAUGUGAAACAAGAUGUUGGAAGCGUCAGAUGGGAGUGACUUUGUAGUACUUCACUAACGCCCUGAAUAUGGUUAUGUGACAGAAAACAGACAUUGAUGCUGAAACUUUCCAAAGAGAUAGUCAACCCUAUCCGUUAUCCCAUACGCAUUAGUACGCGGACGUUGAUUGGGGCCAGUUUUGCUGGUUUAGAAUUCGUAAUCGAUGAAAGCAUUCAACUUUCGACUAGUCAGUGACUUGGGAUCGUUUAUAGGGCAAAUUUUCUCCAACAUAGGCGAGUUACUGUAGAAUCUGAAGAAUAAAUGUAAUAUAACAAAUGGAAAUAAAGAAAUGGACGAAUGGUUUGAUGUCAAAUAAAAACGAGUAUUAACAAAUUGCUCUGAGUAUAAUUCGCAUGAAUGAUAAUUGAAACCUGAAUAAUUGCUCUCUGAGCUUUUGGCCUAGAGGUCGAUCCGCUAGUCAGUGUACAAACGUUGAUAGGUGUAGUCCCGUGGUAGAUGAUGGGCAACCAUAAGUUCAUGUAUCAUUUAUUCCUUCUGGAUUCCGAAGCCCAUGCGCACCGAUGGUUUGAAAUCAGGGUCUUCCGACUCUUUCAGGUGGAUCCUCCGUACCAUCCAACCCGGAUAAAAUGAGAACAUUCACUUCUCGUUCGCUAAAUUUCGUGAAUAACAGCACCACCAUGAGAAGGCAGAAUAGGACUUCCCCAACGGUGGCUAUACGAAUGACCAUACGGAAGCGUUUCGAGAGAGAACAGAUCCUCCCUACUCUCGUCCGUGCCUGGGUAUCUGGCGUUAUGAAUUCGAGCGUAUUGUAUGACGAUGAGGUGCUUCGUAAGAUAUCACCUUUCGGACGAAAGACCAGUUAAAGUUAUGUCAGACGAAAAACAAUGUGACUACGUUUUUCCGCGUAUUUCUCUUUGUCGGCUCCAUUGCUCCUCCACACCUGCUUGCUUGCUUCUGCCCAUUCCUCCUGUGCUCAUCCCUUUUUCGCCGUCGUUCGACUGUUCAUUGCUUCUUUGAUCUCUUCAUAGUUGUCGUUCACAAUAGUCUUUUCGUUCAGUAAACCGUGUAAAGCCUGGAACCUGCUGUUAGGAGUUAUCUUGAAUUCGUUGGGUUUGCCAGUAUCUCGUAGGACAGUGUAUUAUGCCUAUUUCAUGCUGUUUUUCCAGAUGUCCCAUUGCUUAAUCCCAGUUUCAUCUUAACCAUAUCCAAGUGGUGGUCUGAAGCUAUGUCAGCUCUUCUCCUGCUUCUCAUGUCUUCUACUGACCUUGUGAAUCUUUCAGCGAUGCGAUUAUGAUCGGUUUGGUUCUCAGCAGUGUGGUCCAGCGAGGUUCAUAUAGAUUUGUCUGUGCGUUUGUCGAGGAUCUGUGGUGUUGGAAUGAACCAGUGCUAUAAGGAAAGGUUGGAAUGCUAAUUUGAAACGGAGAUUUCCUAUCUAUUUUUCAAAGCGGGAUGAGUUAUCUACUACUCCUGAUGGUAUUCUGUGUUUAAACGAUCGUGUUGUCAUUCCUCCUUCAUUGCGUAAAUCUGUUCUUGGUGAUCUUCAUAGUGGUCAUUUAGGUGUUGAGAAAAUGAAGUCCUUGGCAAGGCUCACAUGCUGGUGGCCAGAGAUAAAUGCAGAUAUAUGUCGUACGGCAAACAAUUGUGAGAAAUGUCAUCAGUUGAAAAAUCAUCCUUCGAAGUGGGUGCCAUGGCCAGUAUCGUCUGAGGCCUGGCAGAGGAUUCAUGCUGACUAUUGUGGACCAUUUCUUGGUAAAUACUACGCACUAGUAGUCAUUGAUUCUUUUUCAAAGUGGCCUGAACUUUUUUCACAACUUCACCAAAUUCUGAUUUCACAACACGAGCAUUAAGAAAGGUGUUUAGUCGAGAAGGUGUUCCUUUGGUGUUGGUGACUGAUAAUGGCUCACAUUUUGCUGCAGAUGCAGUCACUACUUGGUUGAACGGUAUAGGGUGCAAACAUCUAUUUACUGCUCCCAGACAUCCGUGUUCUAAUGGUCAGGCAGAGAAUUUUGUUAGGACAUUAAAGACUGCUAUUGAUUCUAUAGCCCCCUCAACAUUUAAUGAGCUGGAGAGGGGAGUAGAUACCUUUCUAUUGCAAUAUAGAAAUGCCAAACAUUUUGUGACGAAGGAGACUUCAGCGAAGCUAUUGAAAGGAAGAAUUCUUCGGUCGAAUAUGAGAUGUCUGGAGUCUGCAGAAGUUACAUACUAUCGAGGAAAUGAUCUUCGACCAUCUACAGGUAUUGUUCUGAAGAAUGUCGGAAAAUCGAUUGUGCGAAUUCUCGACAUCGAUAACUUAAGUACACACAGUCGACAUGUAGAUCAAAUACAAUUUCAGGAACCAGGUGAGUCAGUUCCAAUUUCGAUUGUGAAUUCUAAUGCUAAUUAGCAUAUUCUAGAUAAUACAGAAUCCUUACCCAAUACAAUGUCAGACAGACUCAGGAUGAAUUUGAGAAGAAGAUGUACGAUUGAUUACAAACACCUAGACUCCAAUUUAAGCUGUGGCGGAUGUGGUGUUUGAAUGAACCAAUGAUACCUUUGUACUGGUUGAAUGUUUGAUUUCGAAUUCUAAAUACAAUACAUUCGUUUG